AUGUUGCUAUCCAUCUACCACCCCGCCCUUCGAAUUCUCGGAAUCAGCACCGUCAAUGGAAACGCACCCUUAGACAACGUGACCGAAAACGGAUUGAGCGUCUUAGAAGCCAUCGGUGCGACUGAGGUUCCCCUCUACGCUGGCGCCAGACGCCCCUUCUGUCGAGAUAUCAGAUCAGCAUCCGAGAUUCACGGAGGCAGUGGUCUGGCAGGGACUGAUCUCCUUCCAAAAGCGACAUGCAAGCCUCGAUCUGGCAACACCAUUGAAGCCAUGCGUGAAGCGCUGCUCUCCUGUCCCGCUCAAACGGCAUGGCUUGUGGCUGUGGGGCCGUUGACCAAUGUUGCUCUCCUUUUCGCCGUAUACCCUGAAGUGGCGACUCACAUCAAAGGCAUCAGCAUCAUGGGCGGAGGUAUCGGCGAUGGGUUUGCACCACAUGUCUCCAUGGGGCCCGGGUAUGUAGACGAAGAAGGAAAGGAUCGUGCCCGACAUGGGAACUAUACCGAGUUUGCUGAAUUCAACGUCUGGGCUGAUGUGGAGUCGGCACGCAGUGUAUUCUUGAACCCUGUGCUCCGGUCCAAGACCUUCCUGAUUCCCUUGGAUGUGUCGCACCAAGCGUACACGACCAAAGAAGUCAGAGAUACGCUUUUAAAUGGCAAAAAUGGUCCAACAAGACUGAGGACUAUGUUCCAUGAAUUGCUUGUUUACUUCGCGGAUACUUACGAGACGGCCUGGGGAAUGGACCAGGGCCCGCCUCUGCAUGAUCCGCUUGCUGUGGCCAUCUUGUUAGCUGACCAUCCUGACCCGGAUGUGCGCAUCAACUUCAACGACAAUGGCGGCGAAAGAUGGAAACUGGAUGUUGUAUUAAGCGGCUUGCAAGAGGGUCGCACAAUUGCUACCAAAGUCGAAAAUGGCAAGCCUGGAGUCAUGAUCCCGAGAUCACUGGAUAUGGACAAGUUCUGGGAAGUCCUGGAGUCGUGCAUGGCCAGAGCAGAUGCGAAGACUGGGUAUGAUCAGCUGUAG